UCUUACCGGGUAGCAAGCAGCGGUGUGUCCGGUUUGUCCGGUGUGUGUUCAGCUGUAAUCCACCAUGUCUGCUCCCGGUACCGGCUCCAUCCGGCUGCGGCUCUUCUUUGACUACCCUCCUCCCGCCGUGGUCUCGUGCCGGAAGUGCUGGCUGCUCGUGGACCUGAACACGUGCCGCGUGGUUUCGGACCUGGAGAGCGUCAUCCGGGACAGGUUCGAGUUCAGCCGCGGGAGCAUCCUGAGUCUGUUCGUGGAGGACUGCUACCUGCCACACACCGAGAGCAUCUACGUGGUGAGAGACAACGACAGCGUCAGGGUGAAGGUGGACUGUCUGACUCAGGCCAACGGACACAGCAGCUGUCCAGAGACAACAAGAGAAACCUGCAGAAAGAGACCGAAAACCACAGAAGAAGACGGACCGGCAGAGAAAGGAGUGGACGUCGGAUGGAAGAAGAAAAAGAGGAAAGAAAGGAGCGAGGAGACCACAGAGGAGGUCACCAAGCUGGUUUCAGAUGAUGACAGGGAUAAUAAGAAGUUACAAAAAAAGCACACGAAGAAGAAAAAGAAGAAAGUAGAGAAAAGCAACCCUACUGUCAACCCCAUACCAGCUGCUACUCCCAAAAAAACCCCGACAGGUUUAAAUAAACCAGCUAAAAGUACAAAGAGGCCUCCAGCAGCAAAAGCAAAAACACAUAAACCCUCCUCUUCAGAUUCCAGUAGCAGCAGUGAGGAAGAUGAAGCUCCCAGAAACACUAAAAUACCCUCCUCCUCCACCUCUACUGCUGCUAAAACACCUCCAAACUCCAAACCUGCCCAGAAGAAGCCACGGCCUCCUCCAUCAUCCUCUUCUGAAACAGACUCUUCCUCUUCUGAUGAGGAACCUAACGUGAAGACCAAACCUUUAACAGCCCUGUCUAUCAAGCCUCAGCCAGCUCCUUCGGUCCUGCAGGCCACAGACUGUGAACAGAAACAGGCUGGUGGACCUCCUCAGGACUCAGACAGCGAGGAGGACAUCCAGCUGAUUAUCAGAAAGCCGCUGCUGCCGUCCGGCUUUGGUGUGGGGAGUCAGACCCCCGGACGAGGUCGUGGUAGAGGGCAAGGCAGGAGGGGUGGAGGUGGAGAGAGGGGCAGGGGUGGAGGCAUCGGAUGGCCCAGAGGCAGCUUUGGGUACAAAUACAACGGAGCCAAGGAGAUGUCCUACGAGACAGAUUUACUGAGCAACGUGUCCGUGGUCCUCCAGAACGGAGUACAAGAUGCCCCUAAACAGGACUACAGCUCCAUGCCCCUGCUAGCUGCCCCUCCUCAGGUGGGACAGAAGAUCGCCUUCAAGCUGCUGGAGCUGACUGAGAACUACACACCAGAGGUUUCUGAAUAUAAGGAGGGAAAGAUUGUGAGCUUUGACCCGACCACCAAACAGAUUGAGCUGGAGCUGCUAAAUUCCUCUCAAGCUCCUGUAGAACCUGGAAAGUUUGACCUCGUCUAUCAGAACCCAGACGGCUCAGAGAGUGUGGAGUAUGCUGUGUCCAGAGGAUCGUGGGUGACAGAACGGUGGGAGUCUCUGCUGGAGCCAAGACUGAUCGUUUAAGUACGACCAGAAAUGUGAAUUUCUGAAAGAUGGAUUUUCUGAUUCUCUUAUUUCAGUAUGCUUCAGCAAAGCUACACUGAGACUUUCUUCUUUAUGUUGCAUAUGAGAGCUAGUGGUUUUAGAGAAAUAGUCCUGCUGCACAUGAGAGCUCCUGCAUCGUAUUGAAGAAGUUGCUAUUUUUAAAAAGGAAAUGCUGUUUUUAUUCUGUUGCAGGAAAGAGUUUGUUUUCUGACAUAAGAGAUUUAUGUGUUGUACAGUAAUUUGACUGAUCAGCCCUGAAUAAAAGCUUUUUUUCUAAUAAAACGAUGCAUCUUUUGCUUUGA